AACUCCUGUUCCAGUACAUCCUAAAGAGGGUGCCAGCCAAGGUGGCGAUUUCCGUGAUAUUUAUAGAGUUGAAUAGAGCACCUUCCAACUUUGGGUCGUCUGGUAGUAUAGAUUCUAGACCAAUCUUCGAAAACUUACCCCGCCCUCACUUUUACUUCGCUGCGUCAUGUGACGUUGCUAUUGACCGUUCCACCAAUGCAUGGGUUGUCCCGGUUUUUUGUGUGUGUGCGCCUCUUUGGACAAUUGCAUCCCAAACUGGGCACUGGAUUUUGACCCUCACACCAACUCAGAUGCAAGCCGGUUCUGAGAGCGCGGGACGAACAUGAUCGUUCAUUCACGCAGGGAACUACAGAGCGAGUGUCUCGGCCAAUGGAAGUGUGGACAAGCCGAACACACGGACACAGGACUGGGUGCAGGGUUCCAACGGGGCGAGGUCCUGAACUCGCAGCCCUGAAGAUGCGGACCCAUCGUUCUAUGAACCACUUUAUGUCCUAGGAUGUGCUCCGAUGAUCAAGAAAACAACAUCCACAGUAGUGCGUACAGUGGAACCAUGAAACACCGACUCUGCGGGACGAAGGAGGGUUUAAUUUCGGGGAGUGAAAAAGCGCGAUGGCCACUCCACAUAAGAUACUGUGCCCAGCGCUCACUAGAAAAGGUGACCCACUCUGUAGCGUGUCUUGGAAUCUAAUGGUUUCGGCCUAACGAGCGCGACUAUGCGCAGCCCAUGAGCCGUCGGGUCAGCUUUUGGAGAAAUCGGCCGACUGAAAUUAUGUUGCGUUCAGAUAAUUCACCUCCGGCCCGGAUAGGAAGCAGAAUAGGCAGGAAUGAUGUUACAGAAUGGGGGAGAGAGAGAGACAGAGGGAAAAAAGGCAUAUCGGGUCAGCAGGGGAGAGAGAGAGAGAGAGAGAGAGAGAGAGAUUUUUCAGGGCAGGGGCAGUGCAGUGCAACGCUGCAAUCGGUACGUCGCUGGCUAGCUGGGUGGCUGGCUCACGAACGAGAACGAGGACGUAGUUAUGUCAACCUAGGCCCAUUAGCAGGGGGCUCCAGACUAGGACCAGAGUCCAGGUAUAUAUGCGAGCUCUGGAGCCCGACGAGGCGUGGCGCAAGGUUGUUGGGAAAGACUAUCCUGAUCGACUUUUCGGGCGCGAGAUAAAAGCAAAAGACGCCGCAGCGCGAAUGGGAAUGGCGAAAGUGGUUGUGGCCUGCGUGCUCUGGCUCCGGAGGGCGCCCCGGUUCCCGACGUGGUUAUAGCUGCCCCUUUUGCAACGUGGUAGGUCUAAAUGCGCAACCUUGUACAAUCGAGUGGUGCAGAUAUUCUGGCUCACGUGGUUUGCCUCGCCCUCGGCCUCGGCCUCGCCUACGGCCGCCCGGCCUCGUUCGUUGCAGAUCAGACUCGCUGUCUGGAUCAGGUGGCGUUCGAGUCGGGGCCUCGGGGCGACGAGGAGCGUGGCCGAUGAAUUCUCUCGCAGCCGAGAGCGGAUUCGAAUUUGAAUCCGGAGGCCGGAGGGCAGCAGGCAUGAGCUUGCCCCAUGAAUCUAUGGGGGAAAAAGGAAUCAUAAAAGCUCUGGAUUUGGCAGUUGACCUGCAGUCAACAAGAAACAUAAGAGAAUUUCGGGUUGAUUUUCUCGACCGAAGUGAAUCCAAUCAUCCUCGAGUAGAAAAGGAGGAAAGAUUUAGCGUUUAUGGGGGGAACAUCUGUCGUAUCGGCCGAAAAGGGAGGAGCUCCAUCGAAGGAAGCUCGGAAGGCAGGCCGGCAGGAGGGAUCGCAGGGCGGUGAAGGGCAGACGGGCGGGCGGGCGGGGGGCCGUGGGCGGGCGAGUGAAAGGCGAAGCUUUCGUCCGCGAAACGCUGCGCGGUAGGCAUCUGGAAAAGGGGCCCUUUCGAGCAGAAAGACGAGGAGUAUCUUCGGGCUCUUUGGCCCGCGUAGGCUCUAGACCUACCUCACACCAGCAUGGCAUGCUUUGACCCGCAGCGACAUGUCCAGGUAAUGCUGGACCCAUGCUGCUGCCAUGCUGGUGGUGCCAUGGAAUGGACUGAAGGCGCCUUCUGUUGACCUAUUGGCAAGACUAUGCGAUCUCCGAAAAGCAGCUAAAGCUGGCGUGGUUUUGAUUCCUCCUACGCGAAUCAAAGGGUCUUGCGGGUGGCAGCCAUAGCAGCGUUCCUUUAUGCUUCUGCUUCUGCUGAUCAGGAGUAAAUUAUGUCUUGCGCUCUGUGUGCAAGGCAGUGUGGAGCUGUAGGUUGACCCGAGACUAGUGUGAAAAUUGUCAGAAAAAGUCGAUUCAGCGAUUCCUCUUCGAUCUUUUAGAAGGCUUUUGGAGCUGGAGCGAGGGGUCUAUGAAGCGAAAUGUUCUCUCUUUUGGCCGCUUGCUCUGGUCUGGUUUUGUCGUGCAUAUCAUACCUUCCAAAUCUGCCAAGAAAUCGGCAGAAAAGCACGAGGAUGAGCAAGAUAUCGUAACGAACUCGAGCUUCUUCCUCCUAACACUACCCGAUUGAACUCCUAAGAUGCAGAUCAAGGUUGGUUUCAAAUCAUCAUCUCCAUGUUCUACCGGUAUAUCACUUGAGUAGGGUUCGAUUGUGGUGGGGCUUCUGCAGCCUACACCCAAUCUUCAUCGCCCGCCUCGGUCAAACAUUAUUAUUAUAUUCGUCGCAGAUAUCAUACUUGAUACAUAUAGCUCAUUUGAUCCCCGAGAAUUAAUGACAUUCUCAUGAGAUUUUUUGGCUCAUUAUU